UGGACACGCUAUGGUAAACACACUACAUUGUUGGGUGACGAUAUCUGUGGACGGCAUCCUCACGACGACGGGCUACACCCAGGAGGACUACACCAUGCUGGGCUCCGAUGACUUCUUCUACGUGGGAGGAAGCCCGAGCACUGCCGACCUGCCCGGAUCGCCCGUCAGCAACAACUUCAUGGGCUGCCUAAAGGAGGUUGUCUACAAAAACAACGACAUCCGGCUGGAGCUCUCCCGUCUGGCUCGGAUUGCCGACCCCAAGAUGAAGAUCCAGGGCGACGCCAACUUCAAGUGUGAGAACGUGGCCACCCUGGACCCCAUCUCGUUCGAGACGCCCGAGGCCUACAUCAGCCUGCCCAAGUGGAACACCAAGCGCAUGGGCUCCAUCUCCUUCGACUUCCGCACCACCGAGCCCAACGGCCUGAUCCUCUUCACGCACGGCAAGCCGCAGGAGCGCAAGGACGUGCGCAGCCAGAAGAACACCAAGGUGGACUUCUUCGCCGUGGAGCUGCUGGACGGCAGCCUGUACCUGCUGCUGGACAUGGGCUCCGGGACCAUCAAGGUGAAGGCCACGGCGAACAAGGUCAACGACGGGACCUGGUACCACGUGGACAUCCAGCGAGACGGACGAGCCGGCACCAUAUCGGUGAACAGCCGCCGCACCCCCUUCACUGCCAGCGGCGAGAGCGAGAUCCUGGACCUGGAGGGCGAGAUGUACCUGGGCGGACUCCCGGAGAGCCGCGCCGGCCUCAUCCUGCCCACGGAGCUGUGGACGGCCAUGCUCAACUACGGCUACGUGGGCUGCAUCCGCGACCUGUUCAUCGACGGCCGCAGCAAGGACAUCCGGCAGAUCGCCGAGGCGCAGAACGGCGCCGGCAUCAAGCCCUCGUGCAACCGGCUCUCGGGCAAGCAGUGCGAGAGCUACCCGUGCAAGAACAAGGGCGUGUGCAAGGAGGGAUGGAACCGCUUCAUCUGCGACUGCACCGGCACUGGCUACUGGGCGCGCACCUGCGAGAGGGAGGCGUCCAUCUUGAGCUUCGACGGCAGCAUGCACAUGAAGGUGGUGAUGCCGUCGGUGAUGCACACAGAGGCGGAGGACGUGUCGUUGCGCUUCAUGUCGCAGCGGGCCUAUGGCCUCCUCAUGGCCACCACCUCCCGCGACUCCGCAGACACCCUCCGCCUCGAGCUCGACGGCAGCCGCGUCAAGCUCACGGUCAACUUAGACUGUAUCAGGAUAAACUGUAACUCCAGCAAGGGACCCGAAACCCUGUAUGCCGGGCAAAAACUCAAUGACAAUGAGUGGCAUACCGUGCGUGUGAUCCGAAGGGGUAAAAACUACAAGCUCUGGGUUGACGAUGACGUAGCUGAAGGUCAGAUGGCGGGCGACCACACGCGGCUGGAGUUCCACAACAUCGAGACGGGCGUGAUGACGGAGCGCCGCUUCGUCUCCAUGAUCCCGUCCAGCUUCAUCGGGCACCUGCAGAGCCUCAAGUUCAACGGCAUGCUCUACAUCGACCUGUGCAAGAACGGCGACAUCGACUUCUGCGAGCUCAACGCCCGCUUCGGCAUGCGCUCCAUCAUCGCCGACCCCGUGACCUUCAAGACCAAGAGCAGCUACCUGAGCCUGCCCACCCUGCAGGCCUACGCCUCCAUGCACCUCUUCUUCCAGUUCAAGACCACGUCCCCCGACGGCUUCAUCCUCUUCAACAGCGGCGAUGGCAACGAUUUCAUAGCAGUCGAGCUGGUGAAGGGGUACAUCCACUAUGUCUUUGACCUUGGUAAUGGCCCCAAUGUCAUCAAGGGCAACAGUGACAGGGUGCACGACAACCAGUGGCACAAUGUGGUCAUCACCCGCGACAACAACAACGUCCACACUCUGAAGGUCGACGCCAAGGCCGUGAGUCAAGCAGUCAACGGUGCCAAAAACCUGGACCUGAAAGGUGACCUCUUUAUCGCUGGCCUGGGGCCCGGUAUGCACAACAGCCUCCCCAAGCUGGUGGCCUCUCGGGACGGCUUCAAAGGCUGUCUGGCGUCAGUGGACCUGAACGGGCGGCUCCCCGACCUGAUUAACGACGCACUGUUCCGCAGCGGGCAGAUCGAGCGCGGAUGCGAAGCAUCCACCAGUGAACUUGGUUUCACCAAAGCAGACCUACAAGGUCCUAGCACCACGUGCCAGGAGGACUCGUGCGCCAACAUGGGCAUCUGCAUCCAACAGUGGGAGAACUACACCUGCGACUGCUCCAUGACGUCCUACACCGGAACGAACUGCAACGACCCCGGGACCACGUAUAUCUUCGGCAGAGGAGGAGGCCAGAUCAUGUUCAGCUGGCCGCACAACGAGAGACCCAGCACGCGCACGGACCGACUGACCGUUGGCUUCAGCACGUCGCUCAAAGACGGCAUCCUGGUGCGCAUCGACAGCGCCGAGGGCCUGGGGGAUUACAUCAUGCUCCACAUCGAGCAAGGGAAGAUCGGAGUCACGUUCAACAUCGGGAUGGCUGACAUUCUUGUCCAGGAGAACAGCAUCCCUGUCAAUGAUGGCAAGUACCACGUGGUCCGCUUCAUCAGGAACGGCGGUAACGCAACACUGCAAGUGGACAACUGGGCUAUCAAUGAGCACUUUCCCGCAGGCAACAGCGAUAGUGAACGGCUGCAAAUGGUAAAUAAGAAAAUCCCGUUCAAAAUUCAGAGAAAUGUAGAGGAGUGGCUACAAGAAAAAGGCCGGCAGCUAACAAUCUUUAACACCCAGGCCACCAUUACGAUCGGUGGCUCCGACCGCAGACGGCCCUUCCAAGGCCAGCUCUCGGGGCUCUACUACAACGGCCUGAAGGUGCUCAACAUGGCCGCCCAGGGGAACCCCAACAUCCGCAUCAAUGGCAGCGUGCGCCUGGUGGGGGACGCCGGGGGGACGCGCACCACCGCCCUCCCACCCGAGAUGUCCACCACCUUCAUCGAGACCACCACCACCAUGUCCACCACCACCACGAGGAAGCACCGCUCACCCCCGACCAUACAGGUUCUGAACAAAGACAAAGAUAAGCUGAAGCAGACCACGGAGGACAUCGUGUCGUCGGCGGAAUGUUCCAGCGAUGACGAGGACCUGGAGGAGUGUGAUUCAGGCCAUGCAGGUGGGCUAGAUAAGACCUUGUCCACGUCGGCCUUUGAAGGUGGCUACAAAGUUCACGUGCCUAAGUGGGACGCCAAGGACUUUAGACCUAACAAAGCCUUCGAAUCUGGUAGGACUACCACUACUACAACGGCCGCGUCUCUAAACCCCAAACUGAGUCGCGCUGGCGCAGGUGCAGGUGUGCCCGUGCCCCCUCCACCCGAGAAGCGACCCGAGCUGCCCGCGGGCAAAAUGAAUAACCGAGAUCUCAAGCCCCAGCCAGACGUAGUCUUGCUUCCGUUGCCCACGUCCUAUGAGGUAGACAGCACCAAGCUGAGGAGCUCGCUAAUAACCACCCCCAUGUUCCGCACUGUACCCACAGCAAUCCCCACGGAGCCGGGCGUCAGAAGGGUUCCUGGGGCCUCCGAGGUGGUCCGUGAGUCUAGCAGCACCACAGGGAUGGUCGUCGGGAUAGUUGCUGCUGCCGCAUUAUGCAUCCUUAUUCUCCUGUACGCUAUGUACAAGUACAGAAACAGAGACGAAGGAUCUUACCAGGUGGACGAGACCAGGAAUUACAUCACUAACUCAGCACAGUCGAACGGAGCCGUCAUGAAGGACAAACAGUCGAGUUCGAAAGGCAGCAACAAGAAACAGAAAAACAAGGACAAGGAGUAUUACGUGUGAAUGGCAAAGUGUUGCGCGCGAGAAAGAAAAAAAGAAAGAAAGAAAGAGAGAGAGAGAGAGCGAGAGAGAGCAAAGACAUUUUAAAACAAAUCUAUCUUGUCGGGAGUUGCAAUUUUAAGAAAGGAAAGAAGUUUCUGCCAGAGCUGUGCUGAGACGUUGAACUAUGACAUGGACUGUAAUAUAAAGCACACUUACUAUUGUAAGAAUACCAAGAUGGUACAUAGAAUCAUUAGUGACCUUAUUCUUCUAUAUGGUCGGAGACGUUAUCAGUGUAGAAUAUUUCACGGCAACAUCAUAAUCCUAAGUGACUUUUAGAGGUAUGUGAUCCAUGGCGUAAAUCUUGUUUUUGUAAUCCUGUACAAAAAAGGAGAAAAUUAUUUCGGCCAUUUCAAGCAUGUAAGCGACACAUAGUGCUGGCAAUUUUACAAGUGUGGGAUGAAAAAAAGAGAGUAACAAUAAGGACUCCUGCCAAAAAAAAAAAAUCUAAUGAAACUUUGUAUUGUUUAUACAUUAUAUGUGAUGUCUGAUAUAAUUUUUUUGCUCUCUGCAAAAAUAAGAGAAAAAUGUAUUCAAUGAUACCAAGUUAGAAAAGGACAGAUUAGUGGAACACUGUCACCCAAAAGAGAUUCUCUUAAUUGUAUGAUGACUGUAACUUUUGGCCAUGUUGGUGGAGAGAGCUAGUUGGUGUCUCUCUUUGUCUCAGUAAAGCGACUGAUUGUAAUGCAUGUCAUCUUUAAGCUACAGUAAACUGUGUUCAACUUGGCUUGAACAAAUCCACCAGACCAGACAGUGAAUCAUCAGAUGACUCUUUUCGCCCUCAAAGUGACAACGAGAAAAACAAAAAGAAAAAGAAAAGAAAAAGUCCCUGGAAAAAUAUCUAUUUUUCUUUGCUACCAGUGCUGGUCCUUUCUCAGUCGUAUGUGUGUUGGUCCAUUUUAUCUUGUUCUCUUUUUUAUGAAGCUGUAUGGUGCAGGACUGGAACAGAACUAUACCACUGUUAAGGAUGUCUAUUCAGAAAUAAAUCCAAUGUGAAAAGUGUGAAUUCUA